AAAGCAAGGUGGUGAGGUGCACCGUCGUCUGCAAGUGAAAAUUCGAUUACAAAUGUUAGCUAACUGCUUGGCAGUUUGUUGCUGUUAUGAUUUAUACAAAUUGGCAAACAUAGGUUCCCUGGCACCCCCUUUAAAGAAAGUGGAGUCGUCCAACGGAAAAGUCUUUGACAUUUACUCAGCUACUGGAGUUGCUGUGAGAUGAUGCACUCAAACAGGUCUGAGCACAGUCACAGGCGGCAGUACAGUGACAGAAGUUCAAGGCAGUGGGGUGACUAUGAUGACAGACGGGAAGAAAGGCACGAACCUCACAGAGAUGUACAGUGGGAUUCCUAUCAUAAAUAUGGUGGGGAUGGACACAGCAGCACAGAGAGAACAAACAGAAGUAGAGAGUACAGUGACUCACCUAAGAGGCGAUACAGUAAAGAUUCAGUGAGCAGAGACUGGAGCAGAAAGAGCCCAGUGAGAAGACAUGUGUCUUCACCUGAUUGGAGUGGUGCUGAAAAGAAAAGGCAAAGGUUUACAGAUGAUGAUGAGGAUGAUUACAGAUACAGGCGUGAGCCUGAGGAUAAAACGUACAGGCAGUCACCAGACAGUUUUUCACAUUUACAUGUACCCAAGGAUUUUAAACAUACACUACCACAGGAAGAGGAUUUCAAAUUCAGUAAAACAUCUCAAGACUCCAGACACAGGCAUAGGCCUGAGGAGUUCACCUACAGGCAACAACAUGAUGACUACAGACUAAUGUCUGGAUAUUACAAAGAUAGUCAUCGUCACGAAAGGAGCUGGGACCAUUCAGAAGAGAGGACUCGAUCACAAGAGCGCACUUCAAAGAGUUGUGGCAAACCAAGAGAGAGGGAUGACAGCCCUUCCACAGAUCAUGAGGAUCAUCGUCAGAAUAGGACAAGGUUUCCAUUGACUGAAUCUAGUGGACAGUCUUUUGGGAGUGAUGUCACCAACCAAAGUCCUUCUGUUCCUGAGCAGAAGUCAACCAGGGGUUUCCAGCGUUUCCUUGAUGUACUCAACAAAGGUGUGAAUGUCGCCAUGCUCACCAAGAUAGUGACUCAGACAUCUCCAGAAAUCUGUGAUCAACCAAGUUCUCCAGGUUCUUUCAUGAACACUGCAGAUCGCCGGUGGUCUCCCAGUUCUGCUGACAAGCAACAAGGAAGCCACCAAAAUAACCACCACUGGAAUGAGAGCGAAGGAUCCCAGAGCCUGGCUUCUCCACAGCCUCAUCAUAGGUCCUUCAGCCCACAGGGCUACUCUCCAUCUGAUGAAAAGUCUCUGCAAAGGAGUGAUGGAGGACAAAACUACUACAGCUUGAACAGUAGAUCCAGGUCUCCAUCAGUGGUGGGAAAGAUAACCCUGACACCUGAAGAUGAGCACAAGCACAGGCAGAUGCAAGAUGUUCUGCAGGCCAUCGGCAUGGAUUUGGGAUCUGAGGAACUUGGCCAAAUGACGCAUCGAAUCCAGGAGCGGUUAUAUGGAAAGAAGGACAGUGACCGGGGCCGCCAUCGUAGAGGAAGUAGGGAAAGGGACUCGAGGCAAGCAUUUUCUCCGAGACGUCGAAGUAGAUCAUCAUCAUCAAGCAGGUCUAAUUUCAGCUCUUUGACUCGGGACAAUUAUAUGAGAAAAGACUCAUGUAGUGCUCGGAGGGAUGAAACUGAGGUAGAUGAAGUAAAGGUACAUCAGGCUGAGUAUGGCCAGAAUGGUAGCAGUAGUUCUUUACAGGACAGUGAGAAAUGUGAAACUAACUCCCAGGAAAGCUCUGCUGCAUUACAGAUAUUUUCUCAAAAUACUACAUACAGUUUAUCAGAACCACCUCUUACACCUGUGAUGCCGACGUACUCUCCAGUGAACUGUUCACCAAUGCCAUACCCAGCUCUACCUCCAGCUCUGCCUCCCAACUUGCCCCAUAUUGGACCAAGGCUAUUCUUGCCUCGUCUACCUCCCUUCCUCCCUUAUCCCCAUAUCCCACCUCUGAACAUCAUUCCAGCGGUACUCGCUCAAACAAGACAUCUACUCCCACAAAACAUUAGUAAUCCACAGUCACCCUUUUUUAACCUGCCAAAUCUAAACCCAGUGCAGCCACUGAAUACAACACAAAAGUCAAAAACACAGUCAAGGCCCCGAUGUUUGCAGGUCAUUGAAACCAAACAACCUGGAUGAUGUUACAUCGGAUGAAAAUCUGACUUUAAAACUGACUGAUAGAGUUGAACAAUUAUCUUUUGCCUAAUAGUAGAAAAUAUUAAUAGAGUAAACAGUUGAGCCUUCAGAGUGUCCUGUUUUAACCACAAAUCACAUAUUUGAACAUCAAAGAAAACCAACAUUGAACAUUUGCAAGCAAACUGUCCAGCAGCAGCAAAAAGUAAUGCUAAAAAAUGAUGAAAACAGAACAGACAGUAACAACAGGAGUUAAUCAAAGAAACCUUCAGGUGGCGUUGGAGCUGUGUCCAUAACCUGGUCUGCCCUUGUUCCCAGAGCACAAUGUCAUGCUAAAGAAAAACACUGAAAAGUUGUGCAGAAAGUGAUUUUGUUGGUUUCUGAGAACCUUGACUCAGUUUUAUCAUUUCAAAUUAGAUCAAACAGUAUAAUUUGAUACACUAUCAUUUUUGUUGAACUUAUAUUUGUUUGCAAUUGUGUCAUUGUAGGAUUCAGCCUUUAUCCUUCUAAAAUGCACCAUAGCCUGGAGUACAGAAUGUGCUUUGCACUUAAGCUUGUCAGCUCAGAAAACUGUUCUGUAAAUAUCUGAA